GAGCAUCUCCUGGCGCCCCACUGGCACGAUCGGUACCUGAAUGAACUAGUAUAUAUCAGGAAAAUGCGGAGCCCGCUAGUAAGUUAGUGCACCAAUAGCUUACCUCUCCACUUCUAGAAAAUGACAUCUCCGAUCGACAAUCUGCGCGCAGAAAAAGGGGGUCGCCAACUCCCGCUCCUGCGAUCUUCAUCUCCUCUUUCCAACUUGCGCGAUCGCGACUCGAUCCAGCUCCCAGAAAUCGGCACAUAAUUCUCCGAAACCAUGCGGCUGCAAACGUUAUUGUGGCUUCUGCCAGCCCUCGUGUCGAGCUCUUCGGCCCUUUUCACAUCGAUUCCGCCAGCCGCGCAGAAUGGGACGCAAGGCAUUGAUCUCUUCGAGAUCCAUCUCCCCGUCAUCUGGAGCGCUGCGGCUGCCAGCGGGGUAGAGUUUGUGAUCGUCAAGACAACCGAAGGCGCCAACUACCGCAACCUCCGCGCACUGCUCCAAACCGCACACGCCAAAAAAGCGAACCGAAUCACUGGCGCCGUCCACUUCGCCAAAGCCCGCGAAAGCAGCGGAGCAGACCAGGCAAACUUCUUCCUCGCACACGGCGGAAACUGGACAUCCUCCGAUGGGAAAACGUUGCCCGGCGUGCUGGAAAUGGAAGGCAACAUUGCAGGCAAGCUCUGCCACAACAUGAACGCGACGGAGAUCACGGACUGGAUGUGGGACUUUUCGGACACGUACAAGGCGGCUACGGGGCGGGCACCGAUGUUGUUUCUCUCGGCGGACUGGUGGGAGAAGUGUGCCGGUGGCGAUGAGAGUUUUGCGAAGGAGCAUCCGCUUUGGCUUGCGAAUUGGGCGGAUGAGCCUGGGCCUUUGCCGAAGGGAUGGGGCGAGGCGAAGAUCUGGCAGUAUGCUGGGUUGAGUAAGAAUGGAGGCGAGGCGAAUGUCUUCUUCGGAAGUGUAGAGCAGUUGAGGGCGUUUGCCAGGGGCACAGGGAAAUAGAUUUUGGACCAUUGCAUUGUGUAUAUAGAGUAGUGCGAGCAUUUUCCUGGUUCGAAUCAAGGCCGAGUGGGAUGAUGGCUACUUAUGCCACGCAUAUUGCCAUGUAGAUACGGCUUCUCAUCCUGUUCAGCGUCCUUGUAGUCAGCCUAGGACUCUCCGUCCUGGUCCCAAUCACUUGUUAUCAAAUCAACAUAUGCCGUUGUCUCGCGAACGCGGAGUAAAAAGAGCUCGCUGACUAGUGGCGAAACCAAGCCAAUACUCUGGAUCCGGACCUGG